AUGCUAUCCUAUCUGCCAUGUAUAGAGGCUGCUGCUCUAGGUGCUAGUGAGUCUGCUGCCCUAGGUGCUGGUGAGUCUGCUCUCUCUGGUACUGCAUCGGCUGCGGCCUUGCACACCUUCACGCUUGACUCAUGUGCCUCCCGCUAUUUCUUUCGCGACGAUACCACAGUCACACCACUUACUGCACCUGUUGCUGUGUCUUUAGCUGACCCCUGCCAUUCCUCCACUGUUCUGCCCUGUCCGGUGGUUCCAUCUAGGUCUCUGCCUCCCCUCCCACCGUCGCCUGCCCCUCCCUGCCUUCCCUGUGUCGAGGGGCAGCAGCGCGCCGCUCCUCACUCCUCCUCGUUCCCGCCGAAUGAGGCCCCCCUGCAGACUCUCCACCUGGACGUGUGGGGCCCAGCCCGCGUCCGUGGACAGGGCCGCGAGCGGUACAUUCUGCUGGAUGUCGACGACUACUCGCGUUACACCACGGUCAUCCCCUUGCGCCGCAAGGGGCAUGUCCCUGAUGUUCUGAUCCCUUGGAUCUGCAUUGUUCGUCUCCAGCUCCGCGAGCGGUUCGAGACGGACCCUCCAGUCCUGCGUCUGCACAUUGACAGAGGUGGUGAGCUUUCCUUCGACCUCUUGCGGGCCAUUUGUCGUGCGGAGGGCAUUCGCCAGACGUUCACGCUUCGGGCCUCUCCGCAGCAGAAUGGGGUUGCUGAGCGCCGCAUUGGCUUAGUCAUGGAGUUUUACCACCCCACCUCGCGUCGUGUCCUGCCCUCUCAGGACAUCACGUUUGACGAAUCGGUUCCCUUUUACCGUCUUUUCCCCUACCGCACUGCCCAUCUCCCUCCCCCACCGCUCUUCCUCACGCCAGGUCCUCCUUCGGUAGACCCCCUCCCCCCUCAGGGUCUUGCUCCCUCAGGUGUGUCCCAGGUAGACCGUGUCGAGCCUGUCAAGGUCGCUGUCGACUCUGGUGCUGCUAGAGGUGUUGCGUCUGGGGGUGCUGAGCCUGCGGGUGCCGGGCCUGGGGUUGCAGGGCGUGAGUGUGCGGAGCCUGGUGGUGCUGAGCUUGAGCGUGCGGAGCCUGGGGGUUCUGAGCCUGGGGGUGCUGAGCCUGGGGUUGCUGAGUCUGAGGGUGCUGAGCCUGGUGCUGCUGAGCUCGGGUGUGCUGAGCCUGGAGGCCCUUCGGGUGUCUUAGUGGUGUUGCUGGAGCUGGAGCUAGUGGAGGUGCUGGAGCCGCUAGUCCCGGAGGUGCUCAUACUGGAGGUACCAGAGCUGCAGGGGCUGGAGGUGCUGCUGGAGCUACUGGAGGUGCUGGAGCUGCUAGAGCAGGAGGACCUGCUAGCGCUGAAGCCACUGGAGGUGCUGCUAGAGGUACUGGUGCUGCUGGUGCUGGAGAUGCUUGAGGUGCUGGAGCUCCUGGAGCUGGAGGUGCUUCUGGAGCUGGAGCUAGAGUUGCUGCUGGAGCUGGUCCUGCUGGUGGUGCUGCUGGUGCUGGAUCUAAUGGUGCUGCAGGAGUUGGAGCUGGAGACCGGGAGCUGGGGGUGCUGGAGCUGUCUCUGCUGGUUCUGGUGGUGCUACACGACCGCGGCCGUACUUCGUUCCACUCCUUCAACAGAUGGCACUUCGUCCUUCCUUAUUCCACUGAGUGUCCCUCUGCCAUCUCCUCCUGCGUCCUCCCUUGCUGACGGUCCGGGCCCCGAGUCUGACUCACUUCGUGAUGCCAGCCCUACCGUUACACGUCUGCUAGCUACUGUUGUCACUGGCCCUUCCUUUCAGUCCACUACUACGUCUGCCUUAGUUGCUGAGCUUGUCGACUUUACUGCCCGCUGUCGUCUUGACUGCGCCACUAGUCUUGUUGCUGAGUCUGAGUCUGUCUGUCCUCCGUCCUUCGGGGGUGAGUGUGCUCUUUGCACGGACGUCCUUGAGGACAGGCACGAGGACUUUGAGUGUUUUGCAGCUCCUGUACCUCAUCUCGUGUCCAUGCUGAUUACACCUGAGGGAGACCCAGAUGCACUAGAUAUCCUGACCCCGCGCUCUUACGUAGAGGCGAUUGAGGGUCCCUACUCCUCUCAGUGGCAGUUAGCCAUGGACGCAGAGAUGGCAUCCUGGAAGUCCACAGGCACUUACGUCGACUAG